AGUGUGCAUGGGGGAGUCCCGGGCGGCCCCUCCGCGGCUCGGCUUCCGCGGCACCCGCGCUGCACCAGCCCGACCCCCGGGUAACCAGGACGCCACGGCUCCGCCGGACGCGAUGGCUCAGCCCUACCCCCCAGCCCAGUACCCCCCGCCCCCCCAGAACGGGAUCCCCGCAGAGUACGCGCCGCCGCACCCCCACCCCACGCAGGACUACUCGGGGCAGAGCACGGUACCGGAGCACGCCAUGACCCUCUACACACCAGCACAGAGCCACUCGGAGCAGCCAGGCACCGACGCCAGCACACAGUCCAUAGCAGGGACACAGACGGUACCGCAGACAGACGAGGCGGCACAGACAGACAGCCAGCAGCUACACUCCUCAGACAACACAGACAAGCAGCAGCCCAAGAGGUUACACGUCUCCAACAUUCCCUUUCGAUUCCGGGACCCCGACCUGCGGCAGAUGUUUGGGCAAUUCGGGAAAAUUCUGGACGUGGAGAUCAUUUUCAACGAGCGGGGCUCCAAGGGUUUUGGGUUUGUAACUUUUGAAACUAGCACAGAUGCCGACCGGGCACGGGAGAAGCUGAAUGGCACCAUCGUAGAGGGCCGGAAGAUUGAGGUGAACAACGCCACAGCCCGUGUCAUGACCAACAAGAAGGUGGCCAACCCCUACACCAACGGCUGGAAGCUGAACCCAGUGGUGGGAGCAGUCUACGGCCCUGAAUUCUACGCAGUAACGGGGUUCCCGUACCCCGCCACGGGAACGGCCGUGGCCUACCGAGGGGCACACCUACGGGGCCGAGGACGCGCCGUCUACAACACCUUCCGAGCCGCGCCGCCGCCACCACCCAUCCCCGCCUACGGCGCGGUCGUCUACCAGGACGGGUUCUACGGAGCUGAGAUCUAUGGGGGCUACGCUGCCUACAGGUACGCCCAGCCCGCGGCAGCAGCGGCCGCGUACAGUGACAGCUAUGGCAGAGUGUACGCAGCGGCAGACCCCUACCACCACACCAUCGGCCCCGCCGCCACCUACAGCAUUGGCACCAUGGCUAGUCUAUACCGAGGAGGGUACAGCCGCUUCACUCCCUACUAGCAAGACAGACCCAGCCCCCCCACCACUGCCCCCGAUGCUCACUAGCACCAAACCAAAGCAGGCAGACAGAGCCGAGGCCGAGCCUGCGGAGGACCCGCGGGUGCUGCCCGGGUGGCUGGGGCUGGCGCCGGGCUCUGUGGGGCCACAGCUCCCCACACCCAUAGGGUUACCUCAGCCGCUCCGUCCUGCCGCCCGCCCGCCUCUCCUGCACCAUCCGCCCGCCCCGGGGACCGCGGGCUGUGGGGGCAGCUCUCAGCCCCAGCAGCGCCCCGUUCCCACUGCCGGGGUCUGGGGUCCCCCCCUGCCCUGCCCUGGCCGGGCUGCAG